UGCUGGAGGGAAGGCUUUAAGACGGGGACCAAGGCAGGCAGAUUGUAAACAGAAAGCGUAAGCUGGGGGGGAGCGGCGCCGGUUCCGGGCUGUCAUCGCGGGAGGACGCGGAGGACGAGGAGGGCGCGAGUCCUACCUCACCUGUGUCCGGCGGGGGUGAGCGCUAGUUAUGCUACUUAAUGGAGCUAGAAGAAAGCAUUCAACUAAGGAAAUAAAGAAUGACUGAUCUAACCAGUUCAUGAUUUGUGAAAUAUCUUAAAGAAUCAUUUCUUCCCUACCUCCCUAAGAAGUGAAGUCCAUUGGAAGCUCAUCCUGCUAAAUAAAGAGUGCUUUGUAAGAGCCAAAAAAGUUCCAGCAAUGCUUAAGCCUUCUCUUCUGCAUCUGAUUAAAUGAAGGCACUUUUCUUUGUUCCCAGAAGUACUUUCUUGGUACAUCUUUGUGCACCUUGCUGCUCUUUGGUGUUAGAAUAUUCAUGAAAUCCUCCCCCCUUUCCCGGUUCAGGACACUUGAGUCUCUUGAAAACCAGUGAAAUGGAAGCCUUAGAAGUAGAUGAUAUCAGCCCAGCCUUGGAAGUGACUGAGGAUUUCUUCAGUUGUUUUGAUAAUAAGUUAGAAAAGGUGGUCCCGCAAGCUGAGGUUUAUGGCAUUCAGGAAGUCCCUGAACUAGUCGGGCAUGAAGUCUUCAAUAAAAUAGUGGACAGUGGUGCCAUCAGGAAUGGACCAUCCCUGGGCAAAGGCAACGGCAUCAUUUGGGAUAGGUGUCAGAGUGGUCUCUUGGAAACCAAAGUACAAAAUGUAUUCCCUGCCAAAGAACAGUUUAUAGUCCAGAGAGGAACAGCCCCCGAUAACCUCUCCUGGAUGGAACAAAGGGAAGCUUCAACUUUUAAUUUUUUCAGCAUGUGUCAGCGACGGAAGGACAGACCUCGGUCUGUGAAUGACUUACUGGACGAGACCUCUUCUUUCAAGCCAGGUCAUACCCGAUCACGGUCAGAUACUUCCCAUGUGGAGUGGGGAGUAGUCCUCAAAUCCACUCCUUUGCAGCAGCCGUCUGUUCAAGGCACGCAGCCAACAAAGUCACCCUUCUUGUCACCAUCCCACCACAAAGGAAAGGAUGCUCAAGGAAAUACAGAUCAUAGACAAACAUUCCCAAAUAUUUUGAAGAAGGGUUACCUUGAAAUUAGGAAAGAUCAUGACAGUUACUGGCAAAGCUGUUAUGCUGAACUUUCACCGUAUAAUCUGUACUUCUACUGUCUUGACAACAGUGGCAAUCAGAACCUUUAUGCCACUUAUCAGCUUUCACACUUCCAAAGUGUAUCGGUCCUGGGCAACCUCGAGACCAGAAUGGUGGAUACAGUCCUCUCUGACAACAGCCAGCUCCAGCUGAAGGCAGAGUCACCUUGGGAAGCCUUGGACUGGGGACAGAAACUUUGGGAGGUGGUGCAUGCUGCCGUGCCGGCUUACAUGGGCCAGCGUGAUGAGCUGGAAAACUCACCAGCACUGAGACAGGAUGACUUCUUUCUCCCUCAGUGCUUGCCCAAGUCCAAUGGGCUGCUCCAGGCAGCAUCUCUCAUAGACAGCUCUAAACAGUACCAAAACAUCCUCAAGUCUGGGACACUCUACAGACUCACUGUCCAAAAUAACUGGAAGGCUUUUACAUUUGUGCUGAGUAAAGCCUAUCUUAUGGCUUUUCAGCCUGGCCGACUAGAUGAGGACCCCCUGCUGAGCUACAAUGUUGAUGUCUGCCUCGCUGUUCAGACGGACAACCUGGAUGACUGUGACUCCUGUUUUCAAGUCAUCUUUCCACAAGAUAUCCUCCGCUUGCGGGCUGAGACUCAUCAGAGGGCACAAGAGUGGAUGGAAGCACUGAAAACAGCUGCCAAUGCAGCCAGGAAUUUAGGACAAAACUUACAAGUCACUCUUAGGAACAAAGCUAGGGAUCAAAUGGGUGGCCAUGAUCUCAGGAAGAGCAAACGCCAGUCUGUGACUACCAGUUUCCUGAGCAUUCUCACAACAUUGUCCCUGGAGAGAGGUCUCACUGCUCAAAGUUUUAAGUGUGCAGGCUGUCAGCGAUCCAUAGGUCUGUCUAAUGGAAAAGCCAAGGUGUGCAGUUAUAGUGGAUGGUAUUACUGCAGUAGCUGUCAUGUGGAUGACCAUUUUCUUAUCCCAGCGCGGAUAGUUCACAACUGGGAUAUUUCGAAAUAUAAGGUAUCUAAGCAAGCCAAAGAGUUUCUAGAGUAUGUGUAUGAGGAGCCGUUGAUUGAUAUCCAACAGGAAAAUCCCAUGUUGUACAGACAUGUUGAGCCACUGGCAACUGUUGUCCGUUUAAGGCAGCAACUGAAGUCUCUCCGAGCCUAUUUGUUCAGCUGCCGAGCUGCUGUAGCUGAGGAUCUUCGCAGAAGAAUUUUCCCCAGAGAAUACCUCCUUCAACAGAUCCAUCUGUACUCUCUUGCGGACCUACAGCAGGUAAUUGAAGGAAAGCUGGCCCCUUUCUUGGGGAAGGUCAUUAAAUUUGCCACCUCACAUGUGUACAGCUGCAGUUUAUGUAGCCAAAAGGGCUUCAUCUGUGAAAUCUGUAACAAUGGAGAGAUCCUUUACCCUUUUGAAGAUAUUUCAACAAGCAGGUGUGAAAGCUGUGGGGCAGUUUUCCACUCCGAGUGCAAAGUGAAGUCCGUCCCCUGUCCCAGGUGUGUCCGUCGAGAGCUGCAAAAGAAGCAGAAAUCCUUCUGGAGGAGACUGAAUAUGGAUGAGAGCCUAGAAGAGGCCUGCAGCAUGUUCGAGCUGUCUUACCAGAACACUUGACUGCCGGCCACAGGGCCGGUUUGGUAACAGGCGGGAGAGCAUCUUCUAAACGAGCCAGACACGUAGGGGGAAGGAAGACGUGUCUGUCCGUUAGCUAGAAAUGCAUCACACCAAUGUAUAUGCUUUCCUAAGAAUGUAGGUACUGCCCAAAGGACCCGGAGCCUUCGUGGCUCCAAAAUUACCAUAGAUGAUUACGUUUUGUCAGGACUUUGAGCUGCUUCAUCUCCAGCAAGACGCAGCGUGCACCUGAUGCUUUAGAAGUCACAGAUUUUUCUUUUGGGCUCUUAGAAGCCAUUUUAUUCUAUAGGCAGAAACAUUUCCUGCCCUACUUAUUAUUUCAUUGACCCUUGUCAUUUAGUAAGCAGCAACAGUGCUUCGAGUGAUUUUUGUAUUAUUUAUUUUUAGCCUUCACAGAAGCUGAAGCAACAAGUUGACUCAUGUGUUUCAUGGAAAAGUUUUCAGAAUACAGUGACUCCUCUUGGCUCCCUCCAGGACCCUCUAUCACUGGCUAUGUCCCUUCAUUUCAGUUUGCCAUAGGAACUGUAAUCCCCCUACUGGUAUUUCACCUAAACAGAGUGGAAUAUCUUAGAAGCCAUGUGUGGGUGUGACUUCUGACAGCACUCAUCCUAAUUUCACCCAUGGAGCUAGUUCCGAUUUUAAAGUCACACUUAUAAAUUUUCCUUCCUGAUAAAAGACAAGAUUUCUUAUGAAAAACUGUUAUCUGACCAUUUGCUGACAUAUACCCCAGCCACAUUCUUUUCUUGGAGUGGUCACAGAUUAUAUUCACAGCUAUCUUAAAUCAGAAUUGCUGUAGAAAAGCCCAGUGUUUUAUCAAUAGGGGUGAUAUUUAUGGUUUUUAAUGGGGCUGGGCUCAGAAGAAAUUCUGUAAUUUUACCCAGUGCUACACUGGCACAUACAGUGUUUAAUGAUCCCACUCCAGGAAAGGAUGCCUUCACUGUCUUAAAAGAAACAUCACUGCAAUGCCCACAAAUUCUUCCCAACUACGUACGUUCUGUCUCGGUUCCCAUCACAGCUGUGUCAUUUGGGUCUAUAACUUACCCCUUUAUAUUAACGCUACCUUUUGGAAUUUUAAGUUUCUCAGUGCAUUUUACUUAUUACUAUUUGAGUACUAAGCAUGUAAAAAUAAGCAAUGAUAUAAAUAUACUACUUUAAAAGGGAAAAAAGCUAGAAAAUAGAUCUACUUUAAUAAAAACCAUGAGUGCUAGGAUAAAUAAGAGAAGUCGUUAAUUGCUUUGCUGCUGGGCAGGGUCACGAUGUUCCCAGUGCAGCAUCCUUUUAAAUGCCACAUGUACUAUUGUGGAAACACAGAUGGGAUAGAAAUGGCAGGUGGGACAGCACUGGAAACAUGAUUUGCUUCCGUUCCCUUCCAUUAAAAUAACUCUUACUGCAGUAGUGAAGUGUGUUGAUAUCGAAGAUGAAUUCCUAAUCAACUUGGGAGGUCCAUUUCAUUUCAAUGAUCAGAAGCCUUUGGCUUCUUUGUGAUUCGAUUGUUGCUGAGUUUUUAAAACUUCAUCUCACUUUGUUUCAUAAAGAAUCCUCCAUGAUACAAUCAUCCUCUCUUCCUCCCUUUCUCCAGAACUCAGCACAUGGAUUUUUAUGUCCCUCUCACACAAAGGAGUCGCCGAGCUAACUCUGGUGUCGUCAGGCAGUGAGAUGUGAACAUUUCACCUCUUGACUCAGACCACACAUUUAAACUUAAUAGCUAACCACCAAGUGUUUCAUUUCUGAAUUAUACAGUAGCUGGAGUGCUGUAGCUGAGGCAUGAAAAUUUGUUAAAAGGCCAGGCCUAUUCAGAAGAAGCCUUUUGGUGCCUUUUCGUCUUGGAAAAACAGGUUAUCUUUACCACCACCAUCACUCGACCCUCCCUCCCUUCUCCCUCUCCUCUCUGGCAUAGGUUACAGUCAAAAGAAAAGGGGUGGAAAUUUUAAAAAUAAUCACUUGGCAGACAGGCAAACAAUCUGAUCUCCCCUCCCCCCUACCUUCCUGAAAUACAGUAUUUAUAUUUUCCAACCUCAGAGAAGAUAGCAGAACAUGAUCUUUCACAAGAGAAUUAUAGACCUGCUUAUUAUAAAACAGAUGUGCUCCAAUGGCAAAGUGCCUUCCGCCCUCCACCCCCAGUUCCUUGUCACUGUAGCUUAUUUUUUGCCUUUAUUAUAAUUAAUGUAUCUGUGAUCCUGGCUGUGAGUAAGCUUAGCCAUAGGGAGCUACAUUUGGAGACCUGAGGAGUAGGAUUGCCGUUCUCCUCUUCCAACACCCUUGAUUUUGCCCACUCUCCGAUCACCCCAGGAGUCAAAACUUGAGUUUAGUAACCUCAUGGGCCCUGGGGCUUUGUUUCACCAGGUAGCCUUGCUAAAAAGAGUCCAAAGGAAACCCCGCAGAAAACUAUCCACGUCCAUCACUUUAUACAUCUUCCCAAAGAAAAGCAUAAAAGUGAAAUCCCAGUCCUGCCCCCAGAUGUAGAGCGGUGAUCUUGCUGUUUGUGUACCUUUCCCUGGUGGUGAAGCUUCACCAUGGGCAGUGACGGCAACCCUGGCUGGCGCACCUUGACUUAGCUUCUCUGUUCCCAUUCCACAUCUGCCGGUGAUGAGGACCACAGAGAUCAGAAUUUAUAUAUGCAGUAAAAAUGCACAGUUGUCGUUUAUACCCCAGAAUGCCUUAGAAGAAUGACGCUCUUUUUUCCUUACUGUUUUCAAGUCUAAUAAAUAGCUUUGUUCAAUGUAUCGGCAUUUGUCCCUUCUGUUAGAAAAUAGUCAAACUGGAAGCCGGCCUCAUGGAUCACUGCCUUCUUAAGGCCAAAUGAAUAUCCUGCUUUCCCGUGUGUUCUGUUUCUCAUCCUGGGUUGAACGUCUUGCACAUGAGGUAUAUAACAAAAUGGCCAAUUAAUCUCGUAGAGCUGGCAGCAGGUUCGAGGAACCUUUCUUCACUGAAAGGGCCAACCAAUUCCCUGGUGCAUCCCUUGAGGAAAUCAUUUCUACCGGUGCCAGAAACAUCUUAGGGUGUGAUGUUGUCCAAUCCUGAUGAAAUAUUGGCAAGUCAGACCGUGCAGCAAAAAAGCCAGUUCCUUAAAUAGACCUCAAUUUGCACCACUGCAGGAAGGCCCCAGAGCCCUUCAAAUCAUUUAACUGAAAAGGAAGAAAUUUUUUGGGGGGUACAAUUUUCCCCCAAAGUUAAAAAACAUUUCUACUGGACAGACCAAGCAAAACUUCUUUCCUUGCCUCUGAUUCUUUGCCUCUUAGCAGGGCAACAUUGUAGUUAUUUUCAUAUCCCUUAACCUGAAGAGUAAUCUUGAUUUUGAAAUUUGAUUAGCCAAAAGAUAACCACCUACUAAAAAAGCAAAUGUUUCUUCCCUUCAGGGAAAAGUGGCCAGGAAUAUAGAUUUUCUGUGAUUUCUAAGAGACUGAUUUUUCCAAUUCUUCUUGGGAGGGAACUUUCUUUCGUUUCUCCUCAGCUUCUGUGAGAAACAGAAGCAUUUACAAAAAUACAGGCCCCUUUUUAAAACAAGCCAGCUGAAGUCCCUAACUGAUCGAUCGUCAACCUUCUUUACUUGUAUUUCUCUUUGUGUAGCUGUACCCAGUGCUGAACACCGGUGCAAUAUCAUUUCUUCUCUUUACCCCACCAACCCGCCUAGAGAUCUGACUCCUAAUCAUGUACGUUUUCUGGUCUUCAUACAAUAAAGAACCAUUUAUAAAAUUAUUUCAUGUGACUCAGCUGCAAAACAGAAACAUUCUCAGUGGAAGUUAGGCUCUGUUGUGUUCCUUCAUUAGAAUAAAGCCAAAAACAUAGAUAUAUACGCUUGUAUAGAACUAUCAACUAUUAACUAUAGUAUUUUGAGAACUUUGCUGAAAUAUCUAGACUAUAACCAUAACCUUGAACUUGCUUAUACUACUUCAGUCUAGGGUCUAUAAAUAACCCAGAGAUUAACUUUUUAAUUUAACAUAGUAAAAGGAGACGUAUGUAAUUGUUCAUCUUUUAUCAUUCUCUAGCUUUGUCUCUCAUUUGACUUUUUCCUAAAAUUAAAUUUUAAAGUAGAGAAUAUUUGUGAACCACUGUAAAACAAACAAACAAAACCUUUGGAAUAUUUGACUCAAAAUGAAAUACCAAAUUGAAUUGUAAUUAGGCUAAUUUUUAAAAAUACGUAUAUCUGUUAGUAACUGUGUUCUUGGAUCUUAAUAUUUAUCCCUAGUGUCUUAAAGGCAAAAAUAGAUUACUCUUUUAAGUCUCCAUAUUUUAUUCUUGGGAGAGAGAGUAUCUGACUGUUACAGCCCGACUCUUAAUUGAGUGAGCCUUGCUUGGUGCUCAUUUGGACAAACAUAUGUUGAUUCCUACUGCAUACUACUCAAUUUUUUGACUCAGAUUCUAGCCCCUAAUCUUGUUCAUGCUAGAAAGUAUUCUUGUUUUUACUGGGUUCAUAAGUCUUUGAUAUAACUUUUUAAUAUGAAGUUGAUUUGUUUGGGGAGAAGAUGUUUUGAUGCAUACUAAAGUACUUUGAGAGACCAAGUUUAAUAAAAGCUGAGUUUUAGACAGCCCAUCAGCAAUGAAUGGCAGAGGAAUGAAGAAGCAAUAUCAAAAAACAUCAACGUUUUGAUUUGUUUUUUACUUUUAUUACUCUAAAUCAUUGUUUAUUAUAUCACAUAUCUCACAAAGUGGCCCCCAACAUGAACAAUAGUUUUAAACAUAAAUAGGAAAUGAAUUUGGGAUUUUGCUUUGGUCUUUCUUCAAGGGAAUAGAAGCCAUUGAGGGCCUCUCUAGAAAGGUCUGGGUUGAAGCUGACUGUUGCCCAAUUGGAGCACUUCAGGCACAUACAGGAAAGGGAACCAUUAAGUAAAAACUUAACCAGGCUAGAGAUGAUCUCUCAUUUUCUAUUAUCCUACUGUAAACUAGUCCCUCUCCCUCUGUCUUCCUCGCCCUUGAUCCUAGGCUCUCACUCUGAUUCAAGCUUUUUAGCUAGGAACCUAGCUAGUGAACAAGUAGGCUCUUGUGGCUCCUACUUUGUAUCUGCCUUCUGAUUUUUCUUUUUCCGUAGGAGUGCCUUAUAGUACUGUCUUGCGUGUCUUUAUUCCUGCUUCCUAACCCCUCAUUAAACAGUUUGUCUAAUCCACUUGAAACUCCACGGUAAGUCUAUUGAGCCUUCGGGAUCCCUAAAAUAUGAAUCAUUUUGCUUGUUCCCUCCUGACUUGAUGCAUUCUGUGUAUGAGAUGUAUACAGGGCCAACAUAUUCUGAGACGCAUGUCAAACCCUUCACUUUGGUUUAACUUGGUGCCUUAACUUCAAGAGAAUCCUGUCAGAAAUGCUUUGCCACGUUGGAACAGUACCAAUUCUAGCUCCUGAGAAUUAUUGGCUAUUUUAUCAGGAAAAACAAAGGAUCUAAUAAUUGAAACUUGAAGCUGUUUUUUAAUCACUCACUUUUUAAUUUCUCUUUAAUUAACUAGACUCAGGGGAAUUCAAGGAUGGCAUUGAAGGCUUGGAACCAAUGGGUAGAAAUGAUGAAUAGCUAUUCAAAUUUGAAGCAGUUAUAGGUUGGGAGGGGGAUUAAUUUGAGCACAUGGAUCCUUUUCCUUUGUUGCCAAGCUAUCCACUCUACCAGAUAGAAAACUAGAAUCCUCUUGGGUGAAUGUCCCUCUUGCCAUGAAACACUGUAACUUGAUGUGGUAGAUCACCAGGAGUAGCUCCCUAGUUUUCAACACUGUAGACUUAAAGCCAAAUUUCGGCUUUGACCAUAGGCAAAAGUCAUGGUUUAAACAAUUGAUCACUCACAAUAAAAGGUCAUCAGUCUGUCCUUACAAGAAAAAAUUGAGGGCAAGAAAGGACUGCUAAGAUUGUAGAGAUGUCCUGGGUCAGAUACUAAAGAGUAAAACAGGAAUUUUAUCAGAUGCAAUUCAUUCUUAUCUUACUGGUUCAGGGCAAAAUAAUUAUUCCUUGAUUUCUAUGAGCACUAGACUCACUUGUACAAUUUAGAAUAAAGGAUUUUCAUUUUCAUAUCAUUGUUGUAUGUGUGACAGGAAACUUUUUCAACGUGUUAAUUUAUAUUUAGAUUUUCUGUCUUAAGUGUUUUACAUUGUUUUAUUUUUAUUUAACUUCACUACUGCGUUUACAUUGCAUUAUUUUUUAAAUUGAAUGUAAUAAUGUCUAUGUGAAAUUGAAGUUGUAUUGUUGACAAGCACCCAGAUUUUAUGAUCAUUUGUAACCUAAUUUAAGUGCACCAGUCCCUAAUGUAUAAAAGUAUCUCCUAAUUAAUAAACACAAUACAGAAAAUAA